UUUGCUGGAAAGCCUCGGCAUGCCGCUCAAAAGGCAACGCCUAAAGCCAGACGCUGUGCCAACGGUCUUCUCACGAAAACGCAAGGCAGAAAUGAUCAGCGGCGCGUUUGAAGAAAGGAGGCGAAAAGAGAUCAUUGAUCAAAUAUUGCAAAGAUCAACCACAGGAGAAGCCUGCCACAAAGAAACUGUUCACAUCCAAGGAACGCAGUGUGAUGCUUGUGAAAUUCAUACCCCUCCAAUUGAGCAGGAUCCGUUUGAAGAAGUCACCCAAUCAGUCGCCCGUGAACGCAGCGCAGAAUCAUCUACAAAUAGCAGGCAAAAUAGUGAGCGUGAGGCACAUCAAGAGAAAUGCCCUGAAGCACUACACCUGCAAUUUGCACCAGAACCUCAUGCCGCCAAUGAAAGACAAAUUACACCAAAAGCACUUCAGGCUGAUGCAGCUGUUCAGACAGCAUUAAUCUGCAGAGACUGGGGUAGGUGUAUCAGAGAAACCAAUCUGCAUCGUUUUGUGACUGCUCUUUUGUAACUAGCAUUGCUAUGCAU